AUGCUGAGUGUAGCAGAAGGAGUCUUCCUUUUUGUUGCCACUAGUGAGGCAGUGCUGGGAGUCUUGGGGAAUACAUUCAUUGCACUUGUGAACUGCAUGGACUGUGCCAGGAACAAGAAGCUCUCUAAAAUUGGCUUCAUUCUCACUGGCUUGGCGAUUUCCAGAAUUGGUGUCAUAUGGAUAAUAAUUUUACAGGGGUAUGUACAAUUAUUUGUUCCACACAUGGUUACUUCGGGCAAUCUAACUGAAAUUAUUACUUUUCUCUGGGUCAUUAUCAACCACUUAAGUGUCUGGUUUGCCACCAACCUCAACAUCCUCUACUUUCUAAAGAUAGCGAAUUUUUCCCACUCUCUAUUUCUCUGGCUGAAAAGGAGAAUCAGUUCAGUUUUUAUCUUUCUGUUGGGAUGCUUGCUUAUCUCAUGGCUACUGUCUUUUUCACAAAUGAUGAAGAUAAUUCAGGAUAGUAAAAUGCACCAGGAAAACACAUCUCGGAUCCACCAAAGAAAAAAUUACUUCCUUAUUAACCAGAGUUUAAGCAAUCUGGGAAUCCUUUUCUUCUCUAUGAUAGCCCUGAUUACCUGUUUCCUAUUAAUCAUUUUUCUCUGGAGACACAACAGGCGGAUGCAAUCACAUGUCUCAGGAUUCGGAGACCUCAACACAGAAGUGCACGUGAAAGUCAUGAAAGUUCUAAUAUCUUUUAUGAUCCUCUUUGUCUUACAUGCCGCAGGCAUUGCCAUAGAAGUAGUGUGCUUUACUCUGCCACGAAACCAACUGCUCUUUAUAACUGGUUUGACUGUUACAUGCCUCUAUCCCUGCUGUCACUCAAUCAUCCUAAUUCUAGGAAACAACCAGCUGAAGCAAGCCUUCCUGCAGCGCCUAAAAUGCUGUGAGAUGGAAAGAAAUCUCAGAGACACGUAA